AUGGAGUGUUUCCGCCAAAUUUUCCGAUGCAUCAAGGCACCAUUCACUCGCGACCAGGGGCGUAUCAUUGAAAUUGGUCCCCCAACAAAUUUCCGAAAGGAAGAACUGCCUGCAUGCUUCUCAGAUGCCGAGUCAGUCCUCUCGCCUAAUCAAAACCCAACCGAGCGCCCAAAUCUGACCAUCCAGCCACAGCACGUUGACGUCCCAGGACAGCCACGCGGUAACAAUGGAGAAGAACGAAGCCACGAUCGAGACGGUGGAGCGCCAGCCGUCGACGAAGGAAAAGUUCCAAAAUCAUGUCAGAAAGAUGAGCGUCAGACUGUCAUAUCCCGCCUCCGAGAACGCAUGAAGUUACCUCCGUGGAUCAAAGUGAAGCCAGCAGCCGACCUUGAAACAGAGAUCGGGAGUGAGGAAGUCCUGUUCACCGUUGAGGAGGGAGAAAGACCUAAGAAUCCCUAG